GUUCUUAUUAUCUGUCGAUCGUGUUUUGUGUACAAGCAUCCUCUAACGAUCGUUCAAAAAUCGCAAGAAAAUAGUAUAUAGGACAAGAUGCAUGCCUAGAUGACUUGCAGAUUUCCGUGGUCUGCAGACAUGAUUGCGACCAACAAAAUUCAUAGUUGGUGAGGUCGAGCUGUUAGGCUGUGUGAUAACCCAAUUUUUCCAUGCAGCACUACUGCGAAGAAGAACUGAAAUUUUGUCAAGCAUUACCCAAGAUUGAGCUUCAUGCUCAUCUAAAUGGAUCUCUUCGUGAUGCAACAAUCAGGAAGCUGGCAAUCAAACGGCAACUCGAUCCAAGCUUAACAAAAUUGAUUGAGAAGGGGGACAGGACACUGUCAGAAUGCUUUAAGCUCUUUGAUGUCAUCCACCAGAUUACAACAGAUCACGAAACCAUCACAGGCAUCGCCUCGGAGGUUGUUGAGGACUUUGCUGCAGAUAAUGUGCGCUACUUGGAGCUUCGCACAACCCCAAAGACGCGCAGUGAGCAUGGGAUGACGAAAAGGUCCUAUACAGAGGCGGUGUUAAAAGGCAUGCAGGAGGCCCAAGGGAGGCAAAGGGCUUCCAAGGGCCGCAGCAUUGCUGUGCGGCUGCUGCUGAGCAUUGACAGAAGAGAAGACGCAGCGGCUGCCUUGGAGACGGUGCAGCUGGCUGCAGAGCUGCAGUCCCGGGGUGUUGUUGGCAUUGAUCUCUCAGGGAAUCCCACUUUGGGCCAGUGGAGCACUUGGGAGCCUGCACUGCAGGAGGCUAGGAGACAGGGCUUGAAGAUUACACUGCAUGCCGCUGAGGUGUACAACCCAGCAGAAACAGAGGCAAUGCUGCACUUCAGGCCGGACAGAUUGGGGCACAUGUGCUGCUUGGAUGAGCGUCUAGAGGCGCUGCACUACAGCACAGGCAUUCCUGUAGAGCUGUGCCUCUCCAGUAACAUUAUCACAGAGAGUGUGGCAUCCUAUCCAGAGCACCACUUUCAUCCCUUCUACAGCGCUGGUCAUCCCGUCAUACUCUGUACAGACGAUAGUGGAGUCUUCAGCACAUCACUCUCCAAGGAGUUUGCCAUAGCAGCUCAGGCUUUUCAGUUCAGCCGCCUGCAGCUGUGGCAGAUCUCAGAGGCAGCUAUAGAUCACACAUUCCUGAAUGAAGAAGAGAAGCAGGACUUGCGGAAGGAGUUUGAAAAUGCCAGGUUGAAACUGCAAGCAGAAAAGUGCUCUUAACAUUAAUAUUAAUGUAACAUUAAUGAAAGAGAUAUCCAAAUUUUCGAAGUUGUUACAAAUAUCAUAGUU